GUAACGUUUUUGGAGUAUUGGAAACGAAAAAAUGCCAAAUUGGCUCAUCGUUGGGACGUGCUGGACUAUGAGGUCGAGGAGGAACGACCUCGGCCGCAGUACACGGCUCUGUGUUCGGAUUUCGCGAAAAACCCCGUCACCGGUGCACUGGAACCCCACUUUCCCGAACGACUUCGAAUGGCUCGAAUCAUUGCCGGCUUGAUAUGCAUACUACUUAUGAUGGUGCUUGUCAUCGUUUUCAUCGUGGCCGUGAUAAUCUAUCGACUGCUCAUCAUGGUCCCUCUAUUCAAAAAUGAACUACUCCGACCUAACGCGGGUAUCUACGCCAAUAUGUCCGCCGCAAUGGUCAAUCUUGUGCUCAUUAUGUGUCUGGGCAAGGUGUACGAAAAACUGGCCUACAAAAUGACCCAAUGGGGUAAGUAUGUGAACCAUUCACUGGGUGAACUGGAAAUGCACCGAACACAGAGCAACUUUGAGAAUCAACUCAUAUUCAAAGUGUUCCUCUUUCAGUUUGUAAAUUUUUACGCAUCCAUUUUCUAUGUGGCAUUCUUCAAAGGCCGAUUUAUCGGGUAUCCGGGAAAUUAUAUAUACUUCUUCGGUCUGCGAAAUGAAGAUUGUAACAACGGCGGCUGUUUGAUUGAAUUGGCUCAACAGCUCCUCGUGAUCAUGGUGGGCAAACAGAUCAUCAACAAUUGUCAGGAAAUUCUGAUUCCGAAGAUGCGCACCUGGUGGCACACCUACACCAAGGAUUUGAACAAACAAAGCACCGGGUCGACCAGUAGUGUGCAAACUGAAUGCAUGUUUGUCGAAGAUUACAAACUGAUCCCUUACGAAGGCCUAUUUGAUGAAUACUUGGAAAUGGUGCUUCAAUUCGGUUUCGUAACGAUUUUCGUGGCGGCAUUUCCACUGGCGCCGUUCUUCGCUCUACUGAACAAUUGGAUCGAAAUAAGAUUAGAUGCGAACAAGCUGGUCCGUGAAACCCGACGGCCGUUGGCUGAACGUGCACAAAACAUCGGUGUCUGGUUCCGGAUCCUGGAGGUAUUGGUACGCAUUGCGGUUAUCAGUAACGCCGAAUCCGGUACGGAUAAUUUACAAAAGUUAUCGGGCCCAACCGCGGAUUGCAAUGCCGCAUAA